UGGCCUUCAAUAUUCGACUCAUUGUUUGCUUGAUUUGAUUACAAAGAAUUAAAUAAUUAUCUGAACAAAUUAGUAUCGCUAAAAGGAGUAUUUUAUGUGUCUACUUCUACUACUGAAUAGUUGAGUCCCUCAGUCUUCUGUCAAGAAGGGCUUCAAUGGAGUUGAAACGCACAAAAGCAACGUGGCAUAAUCUCCCAAACCUUGCAAUAUCCAACAUCUUCUGCAAGUCCUCCAUUGAAGAUCGCCUCUUCAACCUUCCAUUCGUAUGCAAAUCAUGGGCCCACGUUUCUCGCGACCCUCGUUGCUGGGCCUCCAUGAUCGCCGACACUCACCCCCUCUCCGCCGAUGAUGCAUUCGUCAAAGCCUCCUUUCCGUACAGCUCCGCCUUUCCCGAUCCAUUCCGCGGCAGUCGUAGCGGCGGCGUCCUCCGCCUUCAAAUGCUCAUGGACAGAGCCGGCAGCGGAGCGGCCAUCACCUCUCUCUUCGUAUAUCCCUUUCUCAAUUCCGUUGGUGGGCCUAGCAAUGACGACGACGUUCUCACUCUGAUCGCCUGCCGAUGCCCUAACCUGAGAAACUUGUCAUUCCAUGGGUCUUACAAUGGCAGUGAAGGAGUGAUCCUGGAGCUGAUAGGGAAGUGCCGGAAAUUGGAGGUCAUUGACUUUUCCGAUUCGCCCUACUUCACCCCUGCAGUUUUAGAAGCGGUGAAGGGAUGUUGCCCUGACAUUAGGGGGAUCAGAAGGAACGGGGAAGUUGAUAGCCAAUUUUCAUCCCAUCUCGUCUCUUCUUCUUAUUCUUCUGGGUUUUCAGAUUUGAGGCUAAUUAACCUCUCAGAUUCAACAAUUGGGGACAUGGACCUGUUAAACAUACUGUGUAUGAAGAAGCUGCAGUACUUGGACAUCACACGCUGCCAGAAUCUGGUAAAGUACAUGGACCUCAUCAAGAGAGCUCAUGGCCGGAUACCUGAAAUUUGCUAUGACUAAGUAAGAGAGUUUGUGUAGGAUCAGUGAUUGCAGAGAUGAUUUUUAGGAUCACGAUGCUCUUGAAGAGUUGAAGUGCUUUUGAGAAAACAGCAUCAAUAUGAGAUUAUGUUAUAAGCAGGUUUAAUGUAAGAAUUAGUGAUCCGGCCAGCCGGACAAGACUAGCUAGCUGUCCGCCCGAGGGCUUUUGGGUUACUUCCGGAUGUAAUUUUUCUAUGCUUUUUUUUUAGAAAACAUGUUAUACAUCAAGUCUAGUUUAUUACUUUAUUCAUACUAAAUUUCAAUUAAAAAUUCAGGAAGACAGACCAAUAAAUUGUUGAAAC